UUGCUUCUCCCCAUGUUCCUCACAUAAGCCACAGGAGCUGACAGAUAUUUUGGAGAUCAGCAACAUGGUGUUCACUAGCCUCUUCAGCCUGGAGAUGCUUCUUAAGAUGCUGGCUCUCGGACUCUUUGGCUACAUCAAGAACCCUUACAAUAGCUUUGACAGCAUCAUUGUCAUAAUCAGUGUGUGGGAGAUUGUGGGUGAGGCCGAGGGAGGCCUAUCAGUGCUGCGUACCUUUCGCCUGCUGAGAGUUUUGAAGCUGGUGCGCUUCCUUCCUGCUCUGAGGAGGCAACUGGUGGUGCUCAUGAAGACCAUGGACAAUGUAGCCACAUUCUGCAUGCUGUUAAUGCUCUUCAUCUUCAUAUUCAGGUAUUUGAAAGUCUCUUUUGCUUUAUUUAUACAUAUUUAG